UUUAGAAAUCCCUAAUUUUUUUCCUUCUACCCCGGCUGUCCCUAUCCCCUCCCCCGUCGCCGGCGGCGCAAAGAUCGCGACUGCACUUUCGUCGCUGAUCAUCACCUGCGAGCCCUAGAACCCCCAGCAUCGGGGGCUUACCCUUCUUAGCCGCCUUCUCCGGCGGCCCCAAGCCGCCGCCUUUCCUCCGCCGUCAGUCGCUUUCCGGCGAAGUCGUGGGCGGCGCGGCGGGGCACUUCGGCAAUUCCGGCGCCCAUGGUCGACAUCCGCGAGGUCUCGCUGGCGCCCGAGCCCAAGCACGCGCCAGCGAACCCGGACCCCUCCUCUGUCUCCCCGGAGGUCUGGGAGCCCUUGGAGGCCGCCGCGCUCGCUGUCAUUGGCCGGAUCCAGCCCACCAUCCCUUCCGAGGGGCUCCGCGCCUCCGUCGUGGACUACAUCCAGCGCCUCGUCAGGUGCUCCGUCGGCUGCCAGGUCUUUCCAUUUGGUUCUGUUCCACUGAAAACAUAUCUUCCUGAUGGAGAUAUUGACUUGACGGCAUUUGGUUCUACAUAUUCUGAUGAAAGCCUAGCAAAUGAGGUCCGUGCUAUUCUGGAAGCAGAAGAGCGAAGGGAAGAUGCUGAAUUUGAAGUCAAAGAUGUCCAGUAUAUACAUGCUGAGGUCAAGCUGGUCAAAUGCUUUGUCCAAAAUAUUGUCGUGGACAUCUCAUUUAAUCAGAUGGGUGGACUCUGUACGCUUUGUUUUCUAGAGCAGGUUGAUCAAAGAUUUGAGAAAAACCACCUUUUCAAAAGAAGCAUAAUUCUGAUAAAAGCUUGGUGUUAUUAUGAAAGCCGCAUCCUUGGUGCUCACCAUGGCUUAAUUUCUACGUAUGCCUUGGAGACGUUGGUGUUAUAUAUUUUCCAUCUCUUCCAUGAGUCUUUGGAUGGCCCAUUAGCUGUUCUCUAUAGGUUUCUAGACUAUUAUAGCAAGUUUGACUGGGACAAUAAGGGUAUAAGCUUAUAUGGUCCUGUUUCCUUGUCGUCCUUACCUGAGCUAGUUACUGAGCCAACAGGCACUCAUGAUGAUAGUUUUCUUCAGCGGGAGGAGUUUCUCAAAGAAUGUGCAAAAAUGUUUACUGUCCCCCCUAGGCUCAAUGAGAAAAAUACUCGACCAUUUUAUCAGAAAUAUUUCAACAUAGUAGAUCCACUGAAGCAGAGUAACAAUCUUGGGCGCAGUGUCAGCAAAGGCAACUUUUACCGAAUACGCAGUGCAUUUGAUCUUGGUGCACGGAAGCUUGGGAAGAUCCUUCAAAUGCCUGCCAAUUCUACUGUGGAUGAAGUGAAUCAGUUCUUCAAGAGCACAUUGAAGAGAAACCACAGUAUGGUAAGGCCAGACAUACAGGACAUCCCAGUGAACUUCAAUACUAUUAAAAGAGACAACGGUUGUUUACCAUUACACCAUCAUUCCUUUGGCGAUCUAUCCAAUCAGUUCAAUAACAUCAGCAUCUCAGAUUCCAAUAAUCAUGGGUCUCUGAAGCUUGAAGAACAGAACUCUACAGCUGAGCACAAGGAAAUGAAAUCUGCUUCACAUCUUGCAACUGCUACUUCAAUUGGUAUGACGAAUGGGAUGUCAACAAAGGGGUACUACAAAGAGGCGGAUGGUGAUGGAGGUAUCACCAUUGACAACUUAGCAGAUCUCACAGGGGAUUACAGAACAAAUUUGAAUAAUCUUCUCUAUUCACAGGGGUGCCAGCAGGAUUAUCUAGCGAACCAAGAUUAUCCAGUUCGUCAAAUUUACUAUCCAAUGUUUGCCCCACCACCACCACCUGUACAAUAUCAGAACAAACACUCAACAAAUGGUCAUGACAGAGAUAAUGCUUAUGGAUAUACCUGUACAAAUGGAAUAGUCCCUGGUCCUUAUCCACCUGGCUAUUUCAUACCAUUUUAUCAAACUGAUGAUCCUAUGCAAGCUCAUGGAGCAGCCACCUACUUUCCCAACCCAAAUUUGUGCAUGGAGAUGCCACCUACUGGACGAGGGGAAAGAAGAAAGAGUCACUUCCCUCGGAAUAACUAUAAGUAUCACCGCUAUGGCAGAGGGGACAUGCCUACAGAUAGGACUCAUUUGGAGGAAUUGAGGCAGCAGCCACCAUUGCAGAUUUAUACCCCUGUUGUAAAUGAUCAUGGAAUUCCCUUGCCGGUGAAGAUAUCAUCUCCAUCUUCCCAUGUUCCGCCGGAUAAAAUUCAUGGCAAUGGUUUAAGUCAAUCACAAGACAGUACACUUGAGUUCGGGACCUUGGGGGCAUUGCCGUUGGAAGUUAGGAGUGCCUCCAAAGAUCAAGCUAAGAGAAGAAAUUCAGUUCCUGACAGUAAACCCUCUGCACCCUUGAGCUCUAAGUCUCCAGCACAAAAUCCUGGAGUGGUUUCCAAAUCUGAUGGAAUGAGGUUGCAGGGACAGUAAACCAUAUCAUCUCAAGGACAAUGGUGAUUUCCCACCAUUACGCAGCUGACACCAUAUAUGGUUUAUUGCAUAGCAGAGACAAGGCAGGCCCAGAGAAAGAUACUCUUUUUUUUUGCGAUUCGACAGGAAGAUACUGAUAUAAUGGUGCGCACUCAGUGCAGCCAUAGCAGAGUGUUACUCUUCAAAUCAGGCAUCAUCAUGUACAUCCUAGCUUGUUCUCUAGUCACCUGAUUCGCCUUUCCAUGGCAAAUUCAGCUUGUGCCGCGAUAACCGAAGUUUCAGAGCCACAUUCCCCUUCGGGAAGGUUGAAUAUUUUUUUGCCAUGUUACCCAUGUAGAAUUGUAGAUUCUUCAGGGGAAAACAUCCCCUUCUGUUCCGUUUAAAGAUUUUGGUGGUACCUUUGAAGGGGGGACGGAUGUCACAAUAGUCGACAGAAGAUUGGAGAGGAAAAAUAGAUAGUUUAGCUAUUCCAUUUUGACCUCAUGAGCAUUCGAGAAUCCCUCGGGAGCUCUCAUAGUGUUAAAUCUGUUUGGGUCUUGUGUUGAGACUUGAGACCCCUUGUCUGAGAAGCAUGAGCUGCUUCAAGAAAUUGAUGUGUGCUGUGUGUAUGAGCUGCCUGAUUUACAGUUGAUGCAUACCAGUAAAUGUUUAGUAUUUUCCCAUGGAAAAGAAACAUCGGUUAAUUAUC